AUGAGCGGUACAGUCCGACGGAUCAAUCUAAGCACCGAUCCAGACACCCCCUACUUCCUGCGAGUGGACUGGGCCGUAGACCUGGGUGCUGGUUUCACAUUAGCGCUCACUGAUGGCAACUCAGCAUGGAUUGGAGAAGUUUCAGAAGACGAGGUGACAAAAGAGGCCAAAGAUAUGGAAGUCACACGAGGAAAAUAUGUUGAGGACCUUCUUCGAGCACUAACAGGAGGUGAAGAGGGGAGAGGAUCAGGAAGGAGAGGGGGCGACAAGAACGUGUAUUCUUUCCAACUCACACCAGACCACUGCCAGCUGUCGUAUCAGAAGAUCUGUAAUGACAUCUCGGUGCACUUGGGUUCUGUGGCGCUCCAGCCAGCUCCAGACCCUUUACAGCUGAACCGGGAGAUGAUUGGCCAGUCCCUAAAGCACAGCAAGGAUCUGGAGUCAGACAACUGCCAGCUGCUGGAGGAGAAUCAUAGACUGAAACAGGAGCACCAGAGAAUUCUUAGACAGCUGAAGAAGCAUGUUCAAGAUAAGGAGUUGUUGGAAAGGGAGCUGUAUUCACGUUUUGUCAUGGUGCUGAACGAGAAGAAGGCCAAGAUCAGAGGCCUGCAGGAUUCUCUGCAGCACCUCCAGCAGGCUGAUGACCAGCAGAGAGAGGAGGAGGCGAGACAAAGUGAUAAUGACACAAGUGCUGGUGAAGAUGAGAGUCAGGACCGCACAGCCGAGUCACUCCAGAGCAUUCAUCCGUCUCAGGAGCCCACUAUCCUCAUCACAGGUUUGGACGUUUAGUGUCUCAGUGCAUUU